GGAAAUUUUUUUUGCCUUUGCAUAUUAAUGACUAGAGGUAUUCUGUCUUUGAGGGAAUGAAUAUUCGCUGCUUCCUGUUUGCCUGACGGCUCGUCUUUUUUUCCUCCUCUCUCUCCUUCCCAGCGAUUCCAGUACGUGACAUCAACACACACACACACACAGGAUACCAUGAAGUAGGGAGGGAGAGCGUAAGAGAGAGAGAGGAAGGGGGCAGAGAAGCUGCGUGUCUCUGCUUCUCGAAACCAGAAGAAGCUCAGCGAAAAGAAAAGGAUUUAAAAGGAAGCAUCUUUUCUGCCCGCACGCAUAGGAAGGGAGUUCAGAGAUGUGAAAAAUGUCAGGAGGCUGCUCGUGUCCUGGGUGUUCGUCUAAGUCGUUCAAGCUGUACUCGCCGAAGGAGCCCCUCAACGGCAACUCAUUCCCUCCCUUCCACCCAGGCAGCAUGCUGGAUCGCGAUGUCGGUCCUACACCAAUGUACCCUCCAACAUACCUGGAGCCUGGUAUAGGGAGACACACACCCUACAUGAACCAGACUGACUACAGGAUAUUCGAGCUCAACAAACGCCUACAGAACUGGGCAGAGGAGUGUGACAAUCUGUGGUGGGACGCCUUCACCACGGAAUUCUUCGAAGACGACGCCAUGUUGACCAUCACCUUCUGCUUGGAAGACGGUCCCAAGCGAUACACAAUCGGGCGGACAUUAAUCCCCCGCUACUUCCGUAGCAUCUUUGAGGGAGGGGCCACCGACCUGUACUACGUACUCAAACACCCAAAGGAAUCCUUCCACAACAACUUUGUGUCCCUCGACUGUGACCAGUGCACCAUGGUGACCCAGCACGGCAAGCCCAUGUUCACCAAGGUGUGUGUGGAGGGGCGGCUGUACCUGGAGUUCAUGUUCGACGACAUGAUGCGGAUCAAGACCUGGCAUUUCAACAUCCGGCAGCACCGGGAGCUCAUCCCACGGAGCAUCCUGGCCAUGAACGCCCAGGAUCCACAGAUGUUGGACCAGUUAUCGAAGAACAUCUCGCGGUGCGGCCUGUCCAACUCUACCCUGAACUACCUCCGGCUCUGUGUUAUUCUGGAGCCGAUGCAGGAACUCAUGUCCCGGCACAAAACCUACAGCCUCAGCCCCCGGGAUUGUCUCAAGACCUGCCUCUUCCAGAAAUGGCAACGGAUGGUUGCCCCCCCAGCUGAACCUGCCCGUCAGGCUCCCAGCAAGCGGCGUAAGAGGAAGAUGUCGGGCGGGAGCACCAUCAGCAGUGGCACCAACUCCAACACCAACAGCAACAGCAAGAAGAAGAGUCCGGCCAGCAGCUUCGCCCUCUCCAGUCAGGUACCUGACGUGAUGGUGGUGGGGGAGCCCACGCUGAUGGGGGGGGAGUUUGGGGACGAGGACGAGCGGCUGAUCACGAGGUUGGAGAACACUCAGUACGACGCCACCAACGGCAUUGACGACGAGGACAGCUUCAACAACUCGCCCGCGCUGGGGGCCAACAGCCCCUGGAACAGCAAGCCCCCCUCCAGCCAGGAGAGCAAGUCCGAGAACCCCACCUCACAGGCAUCGCAGUGAGGGGUGCCCCUCGCCCCGCCAUUCCACCCCGAAACGCCCACCGACCUCCAACUCCCUCCCUCCCACCCACCACCCGCAGGCAGCAGGGGAGCAGGGAGGGAGAGGGGGUGGGGGCAGAGCGGGAGAUAGAGGAGGGAGGAAGCCACCACACCCAGACCCCCACCCCCCGCCCCAACACCACCUCACUCUGGACUUUAUACUUUAGAGAUGCAGAAACAGGCCCUUCGUCCCCUUUGGUCCGUGCCGACCAGCGAUCUCCCCGUACUGGCCUACACGCACCAGGGACAAUUCACAAUUUACACCGAGGCCAAUUAACCCACAAACCUGUAAAUCUCUGGAGUGUGAGGGGAAACCAGAGCACCCGGAGAAAACCCACGCGGUCACAGGGAGAAUGUACAAACUCCGUACAGACGACACCCAUAGUCCGGAUCGAUCCCGGGUCUUUGGUGCCGUGAGGCAGCAACUCUACCAGCUGCGCUGCCCAAUUGGUCACCACACAUCGGCUUCCGAUUCCCCACGUAGCAAAGUAUUUGGGCGACACGGUGGCACGGUGGGUAGUAGAGCUGCUGCAUGUCAGCACCAGAGACCCGGGCGCUCCGGUUUCCUCCCACAUCACAAAGACGUGCGGGUCUGUAGGUUAAUUGCCCCUCUGUAAAUUGCCCCCUAGUGUGUAGGGAGUGGAUGAGGAAGUGGAAUAACAUUGAACUAGCAUGAACGGGUGAUCGAUGGUCGGUGUGGACUCGGUGGGAUGAAGCGUCUGUUUUCCAUGACGUGUCUCUCUGUACUCUCUCGUUGUUCUCCCCAAAAGUGUUUAA